AUGUCCCGGUAUGAUGUCGCCAGCGAACCUAGUAGUGAAGAAAUCACUGCAAACUACAAAUCCGUAUUAACAUGCAUUAAUAAUGCAGCAGGUGAAAGAUCUGUUAAACUCAUUGCUGUGAGCAAAACCAAAUCUCCACCAUGUUUACAGGCUCUGUACGACUGUGGACACCGUCUUUUUGGAGAAAACUAUGUACAAGAGCUUGUAGAAAAGGCAGGAGUAUUACCGAAAGAUAUUUGCUGGCACUUUAUUGGUCAUUUGCAGAGCAACAAAGUUAAGGAACUCCUUGAGGGAGCGGAAAGUUUGUCUGUGGUUCAAAGUGUUGAUAGCGCCAAGCUCGCGUCCAAGCUUGAUGGGGGUUGUUUAACGUACCGAGGUGGACGUCCAUUGGAUGUGUACAUUCAAGUAAACACCAGCGGAGAGGAGUCGAAGAGCGGCACAGAGCCAGGAGCCCCAACGGUGGAACUCGCAAAGUAUAUUCAGGAAAAUUGCAAGCACUUAAACUUGACGGGUCUCAUGACUAUUGGAAUGCCGGACUAUACAAGCCGCCCGGAGAAUUUUGAAUGUUUGCUGCAAUGCCGGGCUUCUGUAGCUGAGGCCCUUGGAGUUCCCGUUGACACAUUGGAACUCUCAAUGGGAAUGAGUGGAGAUUAUGAAAAUGCGAUAAAAAUGGGAUCAACUGUAGUACGUGUAGGGAGUUCUCUUUUCGGUAAGCGGUUUUACCCACCAAAAUCAUCACAGAAAUAA